AGUUCAAGACUUGUCGGCUUAGGGUUUUCUGGCGGAAGAGAUAUAUAGCAAUUUUCUGCCUCUAAUCUCAAAACCCUACCGCAGUUUCUCUCUCGACUCUCGAACGGUAAUCAUCGAUUCUUCUUCUUCUCUCCGUCUGCUGUGAAUCCUGAAUCGUUUCUUCUAUCAUUUCCGUAUAGGGAAUUCAAUUCCGUCGUUCUGAUUUCUGGUUGUUUUCUCCGAAUCAGGCAAUUUGGAGCUGAAAUUUGCUGUUCCCGGCAGUUUCCCGAUCAAUCAGCCAAGAUGCAGAACGAAGAAGGUCAGGACAUCGAUCUCUACAUCCCAAGGAAAUGCUCUGCCACCAACAGGCUGAUUACCUCCAAGGAUCACGCCUCCGUCCAGGUCAACGUUGGUCAUUUGGAUGCCAACGGCCGUUACACCGGCCAGUUCACCACUUAUGCUCUCUGUGGCUUCGUGCGAGCUCAGGGUGAUGGAGACAGUGCCCUGGACAGGCUGUGGCAGAAGAAGAAGGCCGAACUGCGCCAAUGAUUUUAGUCGCGAUUUGAGAACCACCAUUAUCUUGUUGAUCGAGCGGAAGUGUCUGUAAUGGAUGAUGUACUCUUUUGUUGCAAUUUUGUGGAUUCUGCUUCGAUGGGUUGAUGUUUCAUUCGACAUAUGAAAGUUGCUGUUUCAUUUGACUAAUUGCUUGUGGAUGAAACUUGGUACUCACUUGUUUACGUCCUCCCAUAUCAUGUGCAAAUCCCUCGAUUGGUUUCGUUGCAGUUUGAUCCACUUUCUAUAUUUUGCACGAAGUGUAGUGUGAGCUACUGUUUGCUCAUUUUACCUAUUUGCAUUACCUUGUCGACGUUUGUGAUUCCAUCCCUAGCAGUCUUGGCUUUGUUGGCCCCUGGUUUAAGUUGUAGUUUGUCGCCAUAUCAGAAAACUUUAUGUUCUCGAAUGACAAGCCUUUGGAUUUGAUCGCGAACAGCCACAGUUCCAAAUUUUUUCCUCUCAAUAGGCAGCUGGGUAUUCAAAACUGCCUUCAAAACAACACCACCACCACCAUUUCCAAACCAGUACCUACCUCAUCCUUAGAGCCAGCCAGCAUCUGUGUUAACUUUGAGAAGGCUUAUUCGCGGCCGGCGGGAGUCCGUCACUGUGGAACAAUCCUUGGCUCAACAGAUCUCUCUAUCUUUUCCGUAUAGGUUUUCCCCGUUAUGGUGCGAUGCAUUUUCAGAUGAGUUCAUAUCCGAAAAAGAAACUCUGCUCUUUGCCCGAUGUAUACUUGUGCAUAGGUUUCCUCUGCCAUUUAACUCCCUGUGCUGUAACCUGGAAUUUAUCAGCCACUAACCCUCUGAUCUUCAGGACUUUGUUCCAAAUAUUCUUUACCUCUAACGGGGAAAGGGUUGAUCAAACAAAGUAAUGGAAGUCCCAUUUCUUUUGGGGGAAAAGGGUUGCCAUUACCUUCCAAAAAUAUCAUAUAUGAGAUGUUGAUCAAAAUGUGCAUCAUGCUACCCACUAUCCUUUUCUCAUAACUGCUCCAAAUUUGCCUGAAUUAACUAAACUAGGCAUGUGGCUCGAUGCCCAUUUUGUUAUGUCUUCCCAAUUCUCAAGAGAACCCUAGUUAGUUGGUUAGUUACCCUUUCCAAAUCUCUCCUAGCUAGUCUCGUAAAUAAUUGAUAUCAUUGCUUUGUUCUGCCUUUCCUUGGUAUUUCUGAUAACGAAACGAUAAGGAGAAGCAAAGCAGAGUUUGUUUGAAUGUGUUUGCAUCAUUACACUCUUUAUGACUCCGGAAAAUAAACUCAAAUAGGAAUGUGCAAUGAUUAAGUUUAUAAAUUUUAUGGAUCAAACUUAGUUGAAUGUACUUAUUGUCCGAUUCUAACUACCAAUCCAUUCGAUCGAGAUUGUCCAAUACUGGAAUGGACCAGUGUGUUGUAGUUGUACACCCUUACACUGAAUUUCAUCCUUCAUAUGAUGAACAUACACCGGUAGGAUUGAACUAUCACAAGAUGCACGAGUUGGAUUGAAAUUUCAAGUUAAUAACUGUAAAUACUGGUAUCUUAAGUUUCAGAGUGAGUUUUUUUUCCCGGCUCUUAGAGUUGAGAGGGAUAUUGUAUUAGGGCAUCAAAGCCGAUGGAGGCUCAACUUGAGCAAGAAGUUGUCCUUUUCCCUCCUUUUCUCAUAAGUAGUUAGUUUUUUUUUUUUUUUGUUUGGCAUAUAUAUGGUUUGGUAGUAUUGUGCGGAUAUGUUGUGGAAGGGAAUCAGGUUCCUGAUAAAAUGGGGGGAGUUUGUCAGUAAAUGAAGGACAAAGAAUAUGCUAACUUGUCAUGUUUUCUUCCUUGUCUCUUCACCACUAGCUAGAGAUGAAGUACAAAGGAGAUAUAAGUAACACAAAGAUUUGGAGAUCAUGGGGAACAUCAUAACUGUUCUCUUCAGGGUUUCUGUGCACUGUUCUUCUUUCGUCUUUUGGUAAGAAGGCACAACUAUUCUCUUUAACUCUUCUAGAUGUUAUCAAGUUAUCUACCGUCCACAACAAUCAUUGAUCUGUUACACAUGGAUACAACAUAAACGCGCGGUAAAUACGGAAUGGGUUAGGGUGAUUACUUGUUUUUUAGUAAUCACGGUGGCAACCUCUUUAUAUACCAUUAGAUUUCACAUUUUCCCUUCUUUUUUAAUCUUACGGUCAAAAUUCUUUUAGGGUAAUUAUGGAAAUGAAAAGUGACCACACCCGAUUAUUCUAUAUAAUCUACCCAAAUCCCGUCCGUCGCCUAAACCCUAGUCCCAUCCUCUCUCAACCGCCGCUCCCCUCUCACCUCCGGUCCACACACGCCUCUCUCUCUCUCAUCUGGGCGACGGGCCUCAUCAGCCGGCAUGAGGCGGAGGCCACCCUGGACGCCGGUCCCCCCACUUAACUUCCCACACGGUGAACCUCUUCUGCCGCCGGUCAUUCUGUAAAAGCCCAACUACCAAGUCUUUGUCUCUUGGGGAAAUGCACAGAGGUACGUAUUUAUUUUUUUGCAGGUAAUCUAGAAUGGUAGUGUUUGCAUUGGUAGAUGAUUUGCUUUGGUAGCUAUCUUGCAUUUUAUUUUGGUACUGUUUGCAUUAUGCUUUGGUAGUGUGUGCAUUACGCUUCGGUAGUUACCUGCAUUUGUGUUGGUUAGAUGGAGCAUUAUAUUUUGGUAGUUAUCUGCAUUUGGUUUGGUAGUGUUUGCAUUAUGCUUUGGUAGUUUCUCUGUAUUUAUUAUAGUAGCGUUUGUAUUGAUUUAUUUAUGCAAUGGUAUUGUUUUGAUUUCACAGUAGUAGUGGUAUAGGUUGUUUUGGUAUUUGUUUGACUUUUGUAAUGAUAUAGAUUGUUUAUAUUGGUAGUUUCUCUGUAAUGGUAUAGAUUUAUUUCUGCAAUGGUAUUGAUGUUUUCAAAAUGGUAGUAGUUGUCUAAUGGAUUGGUAGUGAUUUUGUGUUUUUUCUUUUGCAGAAAGAUUGAGAAAAAUAUGGAAAGGAGAUCUGGCUGGAGAUUACGGAAGUGAGAGAAAGAGAAAAAAUUGUAAUUAAUAGAUUUUUGUAACUACCUAAAAUGUAAUUUAUUAAAAUUAAAUAAUUAAUAUAAUUUAUUUUUUAUACCCAAUUUAUCCUUAGUAACCACGGUGAUUACUAAACGCUCUCCGGUAAAUACCUUGUUAUUCGCUCUUUUUAUUUAUUUAUAGGACCCUGUUAUUCGCUUUAGAUGAAUGUUGCUUGCAUGUACAUUACCUUCAUUCGCCUAUCGCAAAUCAAAAUUUUAAGUACAUCUUCUUUUGUCUUACCAUGUACAACUUCGUCUAACAUGUAUAAUUUAUUUUAUUAUUAUUAGAAUCUCUCUCGUCUUUGUCAGUUUCCUUCCCGUUACAACCAUCACCAACAAAUUCUUCCCUUCUUGCUUACGUGGGACAAGUCAUCCUCUAACAUACUAAUUGAGCUCUUGUUUUUUCUUCCAAGAUAUGUCAAGAAAACACAAACAAAAACAACCAAAUUACAAGGCCAACGACUCUCGGUAGUUAGUUGCAAUCGAACUAUCAAUGAAAUAUUUUUUUUUUACCAAUGUACUGACAACUCUCUUAAAUCCUCGACAAAUAAAGAAAAUCACAAUAAAAACACAAAUUAUGC